AGUAAAGCCUCGGCGAUAUUCUUCUUGAUCAGUACGCAAUUCUGCCACCACUGCGAAUCCAGGGCCUCCAAUAGAGAUUGAGAUAACGGCUGUUGUCUUGGGGUUCCUUGGGAUCCAAGCCUGGGCGCUCCCAAGACACUUGGAAGAUUACUAACCAAUUAUUUAGCUAAGCAGUAUUUCCUUAUAACGAAGUAUCAAACCCUAAUCAUCAAUUUUUCGCCAAAUUCUGUCGAUAACCUCAAACCCCUCCGCAAGUCCCCCGAAGAAAUUUCCGAGCCCCGCCACAUCGCAUUCAUUGCUCCUGACAACCCUCCCGGGCAGUGAUCGUGGUUGAGACAGUAAGAUGAACACGUUUCAGAACGGCGCGCCGCCCGCGCGGGCGAUGAACGAUGAUAGCGAUGUCGAGGAGGAGGCUCUGGUGGCCGACUACAAGGAGCAAGUCCAGUACGAGGAUGGCCUCGGCGAGUUGGAAUCUGUCAACUCAAUGCCCCUCGCCCAACAGACCGACGAUAUCCAGGCACGACUCGCACAGGCUGCCCAGCCUCUGGAUUUCUCCGCACCUCUCGAAGUCAAGUUCCAGAGCUACGAUUCCUAUUGUAGCUUGUUCCAUUUCAUCCUCAAUUCGGAAGGACCCGUUGACCUCGACCCUCCCUCGUAUUACUGGGCGUGGGACGUCAUUGACGAGUUCAUCUACCAAUUCAACUCAUUCUCGUCAUACCGAGCGCGGAUCGCGAGACAGGCCAACAACGAUGAGGAGAUGCAAAUACUGCGCGAGAACCCGAACACAUGGGGCUGCUACAGCGUGCUCAACGUGCUCUACUCGCUUAUCCAGCGAUCACAGAUAACCGAGCAGCUGGCAGCGAUGAAGAGGAACGAGGACCCCAUGGCAGUUGCGGGCGAUUACGGGACGAAGGGCCUGUACCGGAUGCUUGGGUAUUUCUCCAUCAUCGGCCUCCUUCGGGUCCACUGUCUCUUGGGAGACUUCGCUCUGGCGCUCAAGACGCUCGACGAUAUCGAGUUGAACAAGAAGGCCAUGUUUGCCAGAGUCAUGGCUGCCCACUUUACGACAUACUACUAUGUGGGCUUCUCCUACAUGAUGAUGCGCCGCUAUGCCGACGCAAUCCGCAUGUUCAGCCACAUCCUGGUCUACGUCUCGAGGACGAAGAAUUUCCAGAAGAACGCGCAAUACGACUCGAUCACCAAGAAGAACGACCAGAUGUAUGCGCUCAUCGCCAUCUGCGUGGCGUUCCACCCGACCCGCCUGGAUGACACCAUCCACACGGCGCUGAGGGAGAAGUUUGGCGACCAGCUUCUCAAGCUGCAGCGGGGCGGCCCCGAGUCGCUGCCCAUAUUCGAGGAGCUCUUCCGAUCUGCGUGCCCCAAGUUCAUCUCGCCUGUCCCUCCGGACUUUGAGAACCCGCAGGCAAAUGUGGACCCCAUCGAGCACCACCUUUCCAUCUUCAUGGACGAGGUCAAGACAAACAUGUGGAGCCCGACCGUUAAAUCGUACCUGCGCCUGUACACCACCAUGGACCUCAAGAAAUUGGCAGGCUUCCUGGAGGUGCAGCCCGAGGAGCUCCGGUCGUGGCUCAUGGUGAGCAAGCAGCGGACCAAGCAAUUGCGCUGGAACGACCACGGCCUUCUGGAUGGAGAGCUGGUCAACGUCAGCGACUUGGAUUAUGCGCUGCAAGGUGACUUGAUCCACAUCUCGGAAGCCAAGAUUGGGCGCAAGUUGGUGGACUGGUAUCUCCGCAACCUUGCACGGUCAUACACGUGAUCGAAACAGGGCAACAGUGUGCCUGAUCCUCGCGUCAAGAGGACGCCUUCCCUUAUCUUGUUAGUAAUUGUGUACCCUGGCAAGUCCCUUGUCAGCUGCAUUGCAUAGGCGUCCACGGAAUUUUCGAGGAUUCUGCGGGGUGACUGGCUGGCUGGUUGGCAAAAUGAUAUACCGAUGGGACAGCGGUGAACGAAGAGUCUAGACGGAGCCAACCCCCAACCCCCCCUUUCGUGGAGAGAGGAUGAGAUGCAAAACCCGAGAAUUGGCGAUGGAGCUCCAGGGCGGGAAUGAUCACGGGACAGGUUAUAGCUCCUUGCAGUUUUUCUGAGUCAUCGCUACUCCUGACUAAUCGUGCCAUUCUGAUUGCGCGAAUCCCCGUCUCUGUUGCGGUGAAGAAUAACGGCGGGGGGAACCCUCACCGUAUGUGUCACAGAAUACGGAUACGUAAACAACAUAAUGGGCAUCUUAACAAUCAAACCAUGGGGGCC